UAGAAGCAUUCGUGAUUGUACAAAAUAUGUUGCACGUGCUUGAAAUAAUGUCUGCACUGCACAUUGAUUGAGACAGCAGUCUCAGCUGCUUUUGUUCACUUCCCCCCAAAAUGAUUCCACUAACACCAACAAUUCCUCCGCAUUUUCCACGUGCCUCUCUUCGUUCCCUCUCCCCCACUUUCCCCCGCCCCUUCGCCACCUCGCGCCGCCGCGUCUCAGCCAUGCCGAUCGGCGAUUCUUCGACGCCUCUCCGCCAGAGUUCGUUGCCUCUCGAGCUCAAAGACGAGUCCGAUUUCGAUCAAAUCGUCUCCUCCGACGAACUUGUUUCCAUCUGCGGUUUCGGCUCUCUGCUCUCCGAGAGAAGUGCGCGGAGCACAUUUCCGGAUUUGAUCAAUUUUCGAAUUGCAAAAUUGAAUGGAUUUCGGAGAGUUUUUGCACACGCAGCUCCUAUUUUCUUUGAACGAGGCAUAGCUAAACCCGAAACCAAGGAGAUUUCAAGCUUGAGUGUGGAGCCUUGCGAAAGUGAAACUCUUAUCGUCACCACUUUUGAGAUUCAGAGAUCGGAGAUACCUUCUUUUAUUGAAAGAGAACAUGAAUUCCGGUUUUUAGCUGUGACUCCUGAAACACUCAACGGGUUGUUUUACACAGCUCCAGCGGUAUUAUGUGCACGUUAUAGUGACGAAGAGUACUUUCUGAACAGAUGUAAAGGGAGCGAGGAUAUCUUGUUUCAACGGUAUGGGAGGUAUGGCAUCACCAAGAUUUGGAUGGACGACAUCUUACCUUGUCGUGCUUAUCUGCGCCACUGUGUAUUGGCAGCAAAGAACCUUAGCGAUAUGGCUUAUGAUAACUUCCUAGAUCAUACGUUUCUUGGUGAUCGUAGCACAACUAUUCGCGAAUACUUAUCAACCUCAGGAUCGGGCAUAAUGGAAGAGGAGCCACCCGAAGAUCUGAAACAUCGCUAUGGAGGUUGAUACGAACCACUCCCGGAUGUGUCUUCCAAACACUUGUUCGGCUCUUGCCACGAUCAAGGUAUUUUUCGACAGGUAUAAAUAUAGUUUUUAUCUGUCUGGCUGCUAAGAAUGUCGGGAUUCGGGUUAUUUGCUUCCAGAAACUUCCUAGGAGAGUAGUUAAGAGCAAAUAGGGGAUCAAUCAGAGAUGAUUCUUAUCUUCUUGUAUAGUUCUAUUGUUAUCAGUAUUUCAAGAUUUCAAUGAAAAUCACUUUGAUCUUUAUAUUAUGCUCUCUUGGAGAAGUGAUUGUAAUCUUAGUAUAAAAGCAUUGAGCAGUGCAACUAGAUUUCAAUGAAAAAAUAUAUGAUCUUUGUUCA